CCUAGUGGUAUUUAUGCCGGGGUAUCUGCGGGGUCCCGAGUCGAGACUCUUCGAAAAAUCAAACAAACUUUCGCUUUUAUUUUUAGAAACAUUUUACCUUUUAGAAUCAACCUCCUUUUAGUUUAGGCUCUUUUCUUAAUCUAAUCCGAAAAUGCCUACAAAGAAAUCCACAAAGGAAUCCCCUCCGACGUCAAAUGGUAGCGGGAAUGCCGGCGGCUUCUCGUUCUUCCAGUUUUUGAUUUUCUUGAUCGCGACUUCGUCUAUGGCUAUGAACUUUGCGAUUCUGUACGGAGUGAUCCCUCUACAAGGAUGCACAGGUCCGCCUGGUAAGGCUGGAGAAGUUGGAGCUCCUGGAAUUCAAGGAGAACGUGGUUUAGAAGGGCCCAUGGGACCACCUGGAGUAAAAGGACCCCAGGGGGACAAUGGGAGAGAUGGACCAAUUGGUCCCAAGGGAGACCAAGGGGAUAUAGGCCCACAAGGUCCUCCUGGGAAGAGGGGCUUCUCAGGAAGAGAUGGCCUUAAUGGAACCCCAGGCAAAGAUGGACCAGAGGGACCACAGGGUCCCAAAGGUGAUUCUGGGUCCCCAGGAGCUGUUGGUUCCCCUGGGCCUAUGGGACCAGAAGGACCAAAAGGAGAUAAAGGUGACAAGGGUGACACUGGUGCCCCAGGAAUUGAUGGGCAACCUGGGCCUCAGGGGGAGAAGGGGGAAACAGGACCCCAAGGUGAACAAGGGCCAAAAGGAGAUACCGGACCCCAAGGUCAACCUGGACCUGAAGGUCCCCAAGGACCAGCUGGACCAUCUGGUGCUGAUGGCCCUCAAGGACCCGAAGGACCUCAAGGCCCACCCGGACCCUCUGGAGAAAGUGCCCCACCACCUGAGGAACCUGCCAGAUAAGGAGCUAAUGAAG